CGGACUUUGCCCCCGGGGACAGGGCUGGACAGGCAGGGCCUCUGGUCCUGGCUUGUGACCCGUGACCGACCGCAGUCAGUGUGACCGGAGCUCUGGUCAAGGAAGCAUGGAGUCCAGCACGUUCCAGCUGACAAGGAUGGACUACGCCAUGAAGUCCCUCAGCCUGCUGUCGCCCAGGUCCCUCUCCAGGUACGUGGCGGUGAGCACCUCGGUGGUGACGGAGCAGUUAGUGCCGGAGCCCAGCCCGGAGACCCCCAGAGCCCGGCCCUGCAAGCUGAGCAGCGCUGACCGGAGCAUGCGCAAGGGUGUGAUGGCGCACAGCCUGGAAGACCUGCUGUGCAAGGCCCGGGAUGUCCUGGAGCUGCCUGACAAGCCAUUCUUCCUGGUACUGGAGGAAGAUGGCACUGCCGUGGAGAUGGAAGAAUACUUUCAGGCCCUGGCCGACGACACGGUCUUCAUGGUCCUCCGCAAGGGACAGAAGUGGCGGCCAGCUUUGGAACAGGGCUCAAGGUACCAGCUGUCCCCGUCACAGAAGCCCACCAGGAAGAUUGAUGUGGCCCGAGUGACCUUUGAUCUGUACAAGAUGAACCCCCAGGACCUCAUCGGGUGUCUGAAUGUGAAGGCGACCCUCUAUGGCACCUACUCGCUGUCCUACAAUCUGAACUGCUAUGGGGCCAAGCGCGUGAUGAAGGAAGCCCUGCGCUGGGCGCUGCUCAGCAUGCAGGCCACGGGCCACGUGCUGCUGGGCACCUCCUGCUACAUGCAGCAGCUGCUGGACGCUACAGAGGGCAGCACCCCCGCCCCAGCCAAGGCCCCCUCCCUGCUGCCUGCCUGCCUCAAGAUCCUACAGUGAAGCCCCCAGAGCAGCCCCAGCAGAUCCAGAGCUCCCUCCCCACUCCCGCCAAGCAGGACCAGGAGGGAGGAAGCUGGGGGAGGGCAGGCUGCAGACCCUGAGCUUCCUGUGCAGAGGGGCCAGCUCACCAGUCCUCACAGCCAUGCCGCAGGUCUGUCCCCCACCUUCCCUCAAUACCCGCUACCUCUCACUCACAUGCUCCACACUCCUGAGCAUACACAGGAGCCCACCAGUGUAGAGGAGCGGGCCUGCAAUAAAUUAUCUGUGCUGA